AUGGCCCAGCCCCAGUGCCCGCCGCCCGCCGCCGCCGCCGCGCCCUGGGUCCUCCCCGCGGGCUGGCGCCCCGCGACGCCGCCGUCCUCGGCCCCCGGGCCGGUCCCUGCGGCAGCGCCCCGCGCCCCGACGGCCCCGGGCCGGGCGCGCCCCGCGCCCCGCGGCGGCCAGAGGCGCAGCGCCAGCGAGCGCGAGAAACUGCGCAUGCGCACGCUGGCCCGCGCGUUGCUCCGGCUGCGCCGCUUCCUGCCGCCGUCGGUGGCGCCCGCCGGCCAGAGCCUCACCAAGAUCGAGACCCUGCGCCUGGCCAUCCGCUACAUCGGCCACCUGUCGGCCGUGCUGGGCCUGAGCGACGCGCGGCUGCAGCAGCAGCAGCGGCAGCGGCAGCAGCGGCGGCGGCGGCAGCGGGCCAGCCCCGGGGACUGCCCGCUGUGCCCCGACGUCCCCAUCCAGGCCGCCUGGGGGUCUCCAGCCGUCCGCCCGCGAGCCCUGGUGUCGCCCGACCCUCCGGCGUUCCACGUUGAGGCCGUUUGGCCCGAAGGACCGUCGGCGGAACCGGGUCCCUCGUCCCCGGUUGGUACCCGCUGCUCCCGCUCCCACCCCCAUCCCAGCGCGUCCGCGGGGAGGGAGAGGCGGCGCGCGCGGGACGCUGAGUCGGCGCUGUGGCCCGUGUUCCCGCAGCUCUUUCCCGGAGACGUGCUGGCCCUGCUGGAAAGCUGGACGGCCCUGGAGUGGCCGCCCGCUUGAGCGACCAUCGCGGGACCGGACAGCGACGUGCAUGGUCAACUCGACGCCGCUCGGGUCCUCAGCGCCUUCACAGCGUCCUGGAAGCAAGACCUGGCUCAGCCGGUGUGAACGGUUGGUCCUGAACCACAGGAGCUGACCACAGCCCCAGCCACGGAGCCCCCGACCAGGAGGCCUCGCCAGGCCGCGGAGCCCUACGGUCACAGACACCCCCGCCACGGCGCUCCCCCUCUCUCCCUCUCCCCAUCCACGGUGUCCUCGCCCACGGGGCACCGGCGCCUCGGCCUCGCUUGUCUUUAUUUAUUUGUGAAUAAACUGCUUGUUCUGG